CUUUUCCGACUUGCCUGGUAAGUAUGUCUGCUCAGGCUACGCGCCGCCUCGUGCCUCCCCCACACACGCUUCCAUGUCGCACGUCGAGGUGAUCCCAGUUCCGAGACGGACGACGGGGCGGCGUGGUCUUUGCUGCAUUGCAUCUGUGCCGCCGCUGUGUUUGGCUCGAGGGGGGGGACCAGCAGGGGACUAACGGGACUACUGGCUGAUGCGCCUUGAUGCCGACCGCAUUCUCGGCCCACGGGCCAGGUCCCAAAGGCGCGGCAACGCAAGCAACACUUGGCGGCGGCAGCAGCGCAUCUCGGCCCUUCAAGCCAGCCAGGUUAACUUCCGAGACGACGAGUACAGCACGAGGACGACACACACGGCUCCUGCAACCUCGUCCGCCCCCGUCCGAGCAUCACAACUUCUGAGCUUAGCCCAACACCGCGACGACAAACACACAAGAGGCCCUCGCAGCUUGUCUUGCUCGCUGUUUCUCUCCCUCCUUGUCCUACCUUCAACUGAUCAUCAAGUCUCAGCCUCCUCAACCAUCACGCAUCUAGCCCCGUGCGUACGUACCACCACACAAUCACCACUUCAGCUUCGCGCCACGAUUCAGGUGAACCCUCGGUUUGGGGUACAGUAGAAGCUUCCGGUCUCUCUUGUCCACACCGUCGCUCCAUCUUCGUCAGGUGAGUCCAGUCCCUUGAAGCUAGCGUGCCUGAGC